UUCAGGUAAUGUUCCAUUUUACUCGAAUCCUCGCAGCCUUCCUUCUACCUACAUUAUGCUUUUGUGGCUACUCAACUGCUCCAUCCUCGACAGUCAGCAUUGAUAAUUCACUGAUAGGUGAACCCGAGGUUGUAUGUGAGACUGCGUCAAUUUCUCUUCUGUUCAAAACUCGCAACUCUUUCAACGGAAAAGUGUUCGUGAAGGGAUACGUGUCGGAACCAUCAUGUAUGACUGUUGGUGAUGGAAAGACUGGACACCGAUUCGAGGUCCGGCAUGAUUCAUGUGGAGUCAGAAGGCAGCGGGAGAUCAAUGGUGUCGUAAUCUCGGCUACUGUCAUUAUUUCAUUCCAUUCGAUCUUCAUUACAAAAAUCGACCGUGCUUACCGUGUCAGCUGCUUCUAUGUGGAGGGAACCAAGAAAGUUCAUAAUCACGUUGAUAUCAGUGCUCUGACUACUCAGCUCUUGGAAAGUGAGACACAACUUCCAGUAUGCAGAUAUGAAAUCCUCAAUGAAGCCGGUGGAUCACCUAUUAAGUACGCUCGAAUCGGAGAUCAAGUCUAUCACAAAUGGACUUGCGUUGCUGAACUUGAGAAUGUGUACUGUAUGAAAGUUCACUCAUGUACGGUUUAUGAUGGACAAGGUGGACCACCAGUAACUGUCAUUGAUGCCAAUGGAUGUUCUGUAGAUGGGGUGAUCCUUCAGAAUCUUGAGUACACCUCUGACUUGACAGCUGGAAAACUCGCACCAGUCUUCAAAUUUGCUGACAAAGCUGGGCUUUAUUUCAAUUGUCAAAUUCAAUUAACAAUCAAAGACGUAAAUUAUGGAUGUUCAAAUACCCAACCCCAAUGCCCGACAUCUCAGUACGUUGUGGAGCCAGCCCAGAAGACUACAGAAACCGCCGAGCCAUAUCCAUAUGAUAGCCAUGAGUCUGGAUACCCAACUCGUCCAGCCAACUAUCCAGUGGCUUCAAGUAGAUAUCCAAUUCCAACAACCCAAGCUCCAGCUAGUUACCCGUCAUCCCCGGCUCCACCACCACCAGGUGCCGAUAUUGACAACGGAUAUCCUGAGCCACAGCCAAUUUACAUUGCUGAAACCCCAGAAAACGCAUACGACGGUAUUGUUGGCUUCAAUGACACCGAACAACCAUUCACAACGUCUGCUGCCUAUACCGAAGACGGAGUUUAUAGUCGACUUAUCAAAAGAAAUGUUGUUGAAUCAACUGAACAAAUUAAUGCAAGCAACAAGAAACGACCGGUUACUGUAGGAGAUAUUGAUUUGCCGGAACGCGGUAUUCUAGUGUUUGGUUUGGAGGAGAUGGAAGACGGAGAGACGACGAAUGCAGGAGAUCAUGGAGCAACAAGGGCGUUGAGAGAAGCUAGAAAUAGUCAAGAGAAGACAUGCUUCUCAACAUCUCGAAUGUACUUCACCCUAAUUCUCCUCUGCCUUCUAUUCGCAACCACCGUUGUCGUAUUCAUCGUGAUUGUCCAGAAACAACGACAAAUUCUUGCACAAACCGCUUUUUUCAAGCCAUAAUUUCUAAUUGUCAUUUCAAUAUUUCUUUCACUGAAAACUCUUGCCAUUUUCCUGCCCAUGCAGAAUAUAUUAUUUCAUCUGUUCGCUUUCCCCCCGACCAUUCAUAUCAUUGUCUACCUUAUCACCUUAUCAUUGUGUAUUAGAACUUGUAGUUGUUUCUUUGGUAUCAUAUUUAUAAUUUGCCGAGUGCCCAACACCUUUCAUGUAAAACUUCGUCGCUUUCAUCAUUUCAACGUACUAAAUUUAAUGAAACAUCAAUUUGC